GCUGCAGGCAGCGCGGCACUCGAUCGUACCGCUUAGUGCCACGUCGUGUCUCAGAGCGCCCAGGCCACGGGCCCCGAACCGUACCGCUUUACGUUGAAUAUUUUAAAAAGAUAUUUUCCAAAAAAAAUAAAAACAUUCGAAUAUUAUAUUAAGUACUAGAACUAGAAAGUGAGUGCCGUGAUUAUCCUUCGUAGAAAACAGGGAGAAUCCUUUGAAAAAGCUUCUCGCUGCUUAUCCAGCAUCCGUCAUGCAGGUCUUCGAUAACAAUAUGCGCCGUGCCUCGCGUCGCGCCUCCUUGCGCCGAGGUUCGAUAUCGGCCCUGCCGCAGAAAUCGCACGAGAUUCCCUGGGAUAUAUUCGAGCGGCUGUUCAUGCCCUUCCUCUUCUGCCAGGCGGCGGCCAUUCUGACCUCGCAUCUGCUCCAUGUUCUGGACAUCUCCAGCAUCUCGACUUUCGCCGUCUUCGUCUGGUUCGCCCUGGCCACCGUGGGAGCUGUGCUGUUCUACCAUUUCGUCAAGGUAUCCGCUUCGGGCAAAGGCGUGCUAAUCACUGGUUGCGAGUCCCCUCUGGCCUGGUACUUGGCCAAGAAACUGGACGACCUGGGCUUUACCGUUUACGCUGGAUUCAACACGCCCAUCGAGGAUUCGGACGAGGCCAAGAUUCUCAAGGAGGAGACCUCGGGACGCAUGAAGCUGCUGCAUCUGGACGUCACAUCGGAGAAAACCAUUUUGGAAGCUGCCCGCUAUGUGUCGCAGCAUUUGCCUCAUGGCGCCGAAGGGUUGUGGUCUGUGGUGCACUGCGCUCACUGGAUUGCAUUGGGAGAACUUGAGUGGAUUCCAUUUGCUGUGCUACGCAAGAGCUUGGACCUCAACCUUUUGGGCUCUGCCCGGCUUACCCAAAUUUUCCUGCCUCUGGUUCGCCGUGCUCAUGGUCGCGUUGUUUUCCUGACCUCCGGCCUGAAUCGUGUCCCAUCGCCCGUCAGGGGAAUCCAGAAUGCCACUCAGGCGGCCGUCGACUGCUUCGCCGCCUGUCUGCGCCAGGAAAUGCGCACCCGUGGUGUGGAUGUGUCCGUGGUGGCGGCCGGAGAGUUUGCCCCCGGCAACGGCUGGCUGAACGAGACCGAACUGCGUGACCAGGCCAAGCAAAUGUGGAACCAGCUUUCCUCCGAACAGAAGAAGACCUACGGCGAGGAUUACUACGAGGCGGCCAUGACGUCGGUGGAGAAGUAUUCACGCCAGGCGGCCGAUAUCCAGCCCACGCUGCGUGUCCUUAUCGACGCCGUUACCAGGACUUUCCCCAUGGCCCGCUACACACCCGUGACAGCCAACGAGAAGCUGCAGAUCUUCCUGGCCGAGCAUUUGGCCCCAUCCCUCUAUGAAUCCGUCUAUGGCGAACAGAAGAAGUUCGUCUAUUGAGAAACCCAUGCCCAGAUCCUUUGUCCACCUUAACGGCCUGAUAUUGUUAUUCGGAAAUUGUUAUUCAUUUAUGAUUUUCCCCGAAAUCCAAACGUCCUGCUCCUUGGUGCGCGUGAAGGACAUCCAAAAAAAAGGAACUGUAGCUAGGAGCACUGUUCGUGGAGCUCCGCCAGUCGAUGAGCAUUUACGUCCUUCUCUCGAUUAUUCUUGUAAUUUCCCCCCUUUUAACGGAGGCGCCUUGCAUAAUAUUAUUUUCUUUAGUUGCUAGAACGAAUUGUAUAACGAUGAAUAAACUGAAAUGGAAACAAUAGAAAUCUGAA